GUCUUGGUAACUUUGGUCGUGUGUGGAUGCGCGGCGGGGCGCUCCUGGACAUAUAAGCUGGACCUUACCUCCCUCUCAAGUCUAUUACAUUCAGGGGCCAGAAAUCACAUGUUCCAAAUUAAAAUGGUUGAAUUAAAGAGUAAAGUGCGUGUACCAACCUUGUGUGUAUGUGAAGCAUCAUUACGACCACACCAACAUCAUCACACAGCCUCCACCACAGUGCUCCACCACCACCUCCAUCACCUGCCGCAGCCCACCAAGAUGCCCUCGGGGCCGCAUGCGUCACGCAUAGUGCGGAAGUACCGCAGGUCUCGCCUCAAGAGAGUCAAGAAGCAAGAGUACAAGAAACUGAGGGAUAUGGUUCCAGCGCUACAGGAGCGUACCAUUGUAACCAAGGUGGAGGUGAUAGAAGAGGCUAUCAAGUACAUAGACGAACUUCACACAGCGCUUAUACAAAGGUUUAGAGCUCGUGGUCUCCCAGCCACACUCAAAGAUCUGCCCCUGGAGCCUCGGGAGAUACACGGAGGUAAUAUAAGGGAACUAGUGAGACACCUCCUGGCUUCCUCCAACCCAGCCUCCCUGCCUCCAGCACGCAUCGAGAACGCCAGGACUCUGCCCACCUUCAUCCAGAAGCUUGGAAAAGCGAGGCGGUGCUAACUAAAGAAUACUAGCCUGGGAAACUUCCAACCAGGCGCCUGGACUUCAGUUCGCGCACGGAAUGAACGAAAGUGACCCAUGGGAAGAAGGGCAAAUCAUCCUCGAACAUUGCUGUGAUCCUGUGGAUAGUGUGGAAAGCGUAGCUGGGGUAAACCAGCCCGUGCUCAACCACUGAACUGGUUAGCUAACAAAGACCUCUGUCAGGAGGCGCGUCCUGUUUCCUGACUUAAGAUUAUCUAUUGAAAAAACUAGACACUUCCAGGGUACUGAACUGAAAAGACAGAUGAAAAGAAAUUCAGUUUUCGUGCGAGUUCUUGUCUCAAGUUUAAAUGUUGAAUGGAUGUGUUUUUGAAAGAUACUUGUAACAUAUCAAGACAGAGUGGCGAUUCAAAAACAGAAACCAGAAUGCCUUUCCUGUUGUCAAACAGGCAAACAGGGCAUUAAUUUCAAGUCUGAAAUACUGAAAAAAUGGGAAUCGGUGAGUCUGGAAGAAUUUAAGUGAAUUUAAACAGGUUAUCCCUAUCGUGUUAUGGCAAACUCGGUUGUACUGUCGUCAAGACCAAGUUGCCUUAAUUGCAUUCUUCAAAGGGGGUGCCUUGUUGCUGGUGCAGGACUCUUGAUCGAAGGAACUGGAGCUACUCUACCCUUUAGGGUAAUAACAAAUGGUUAUAACUAUGGUCAUAAUUUUUAAAGGGGUGGAGGGGUAAGCCAGCGGAAGGCCUCGGUCAGAUGACCAAAAGCUCCAACGGCGGGUCAUCAUCUGACUAAGACCCGCGUCAGGAAACACUUGUUCUUUUUCCUGACGGACCUUACCUAAUAAUAAUAACAAUAACAAUAAUAAUACCGUUGGAAGAGGUGAAUUUGAUUCUCGUGUAAAGAUCUGUGCUAUAAUUUGAUUAAAUUCGUGGGGAAGCGCUAAACUUGUAUGGGAGGGAUGGUGGCGGGGUAACUGGGUUGCAUCCGAGGGAGUGGACUAGAGUUCCAACUCUCUGGAUCAAGAGCCCCACACCAACAUCAGAUCCUCAUUAUCCCACACAGCUUAACUGCAAAUCAGAAAGCAAGUUUUUCUAUAGAAAGGACAAAAAAAGAAGAAAGGCAUCAGGCUUUUAUCGUGACAACGUUUCGCUCUCGAGUUUCGUAAUGCUCCACACAGCGUCUCGUUAUAUUUGAGGCUUGAUAUUUGCCCUCUGAAGAGAUUUGCUUUGUCAAGGUUUUCUGUACCUGUUUCUUUUCCUGCAUGUUGGCAACAUCCCUUUGUAUCCCUGGAAAAAGCUUGGAAAUGACAAGAUAAAAUGUGCUGGAAGAGGAUAAAGCGGACGGUAGAAAACCAAACAAGAAAAGGUUACCUUCCAAGAGAUGUUUUGUGAAGAUAAGAGAGCGAGGACCCUGAACCCAGAGACUCAGUGACUGGCGGACAGGUAGUCUCUUCUGGACAUUGUGGGCGACUGCGGACACUAUGUGAUUAUUCGAGGAUACUGUCAACCCAGUGUGUGUGGUCACCUUUUGUAUGUGGCUUUGUAACAUCGUUGGCAACUUAAGGACAUCCAGGGACAUUUAAGGGGAUAUUCUUUGAUCGUUUCGGUGGCGUCGAUAAAGAAAUCUGAAGACAGCAUAACCAGACACAACGUUGCUCACAUCCGACAUUAUGGCGAAAUCUCAGGGCAGUAUUUUAGCGAUAUCGGGGACAAUGAAGCAUAUCAUGAAAUGCCAUAACAUCCGUAUUUACCAGGAAUAUGGCAAAUAACCUCAAAUACUGUCAACUGAUAGUUGAUACCUAGGAGUUUAGUCGGCUGAUGCUAGUCGCAUCAUGAGAAAGAAAAUGACGCCAGUGAAAAUGUCACAGUGCUUGGCUUUCUUGGGAUUUCCUGGGUUAGUAAAGCAUCGGGAUUACAAAUGAAUCUUCGACGUGAUACACUAUAUAAAACAUUGAUAUUUUAUAAGCUUUGUGUGUGUGUGUGUGUGUGUGUGUGUGUGUGUGUGUGUGUGUGUGUGUGUGUGUGUGUGUGUGUGUGUGCGUGUGUAUCCCUUGAUAAGCCUGUGGCUAGGGGAUACUAUAUUAUAAAAAAAGGCAGUUGUGUGGUAGCUCCAGGUAAUCCUCAGAGACGCUUCAGUGAGGGCUUGCAUGGUUCGGUGACCCCAUGUGCAUCACGGGGAGAAAGUACCCUGCUGGUGACUGCUUACCACACCUGCUCGACCACUGUGAUACUGCUUACCACACCUGCUCGACCACUGUGAUAUCGCUUGCCACACCGUACCGACAUUGCCAUUAUUAAAUUUAUCAAAUUCAUGGAAGAACACUAAACCAAUGCACGGCUCAUAUAGAGCGUGGAGGAAUGGGGAACAACGAGAUUCGACCUAUAGAAGGGGCGGUCAUAUUCCUUGUAUAUAAAUCCGUCAUGAACAUCAAAGAACCUUCAUGGAUAGCAACUGCCACAUCAGAAACGGGUUAAAUACAAGGAUGGUACAUAGUGUUUUUUUUUGAAAAAAAAAAGCCUAUGAAUAUUACACGGAGUGAUAACAAGAGCAACGGAGGUGCCAUUAGCAGUAACAGAAGCACCACCAGCAACAGAAGUAGCCACAACAGCAACGGACACAGCGGAAGAAAACUAGCAACUCAAAUAACGACCGCAACAGUAGAAACAUAUGUCAGAAGGAGCAACAGAGAAAAGCACCUUUAGUAGAACACAACAGUCAACCACCUGCCCCAACCCUCCUGUUACCGUGACCUCUGUUUCUUCUUCCUUUAACAAUAAACAAAGAAGACAAAAGCCCUAGUGACGCGCGCACAAUUGUUCUCAAAGUCUAUCUGCAAAAAAAAAAAAAAAAGAGAGAGAGAGAUUGGAAACAAUAGAUGUGUUAAUUUUGUUUGCCAUUCAUAUGGGGGCCAUUAUUUUUUCACGAUAAAAAAAGGUGAGCAUAUGUCCGUUCUCUGUACUGUUGCAACGUCUGUUCUCUAAUCUUGAGAACCUCUGAAGAGUCCUGUAGAAUGUCCUAAUGUACAUUCAGAUGUCCGAAAUGUGAAUGACUUCGAGUUCACUGCAGAGUCGAGUCGAGUUAUGAAUGUUGUUACUGUGAAGGCAUGAUGACAUUACGUUUUCUGUUUACAAAACUAAAUUUGUGGUCAACUAUUUUAAAAAAUUUAAGUGACUAAUGGUAAACUAGUUUAUAAUAUAACUAUGAGCCAUGAACUGAAGCUCUUGCAAACUGCAAUAUGAAAAAUAAAGCACGAAAAGUGAAAUGUGCCUUGCUGAACUACGUUAUCCAAUACGUCAUUAUCCACUAGGAUAAAAUGACAUUCCAUCAUCAUAUAAACUGGAUUUAUUAUGCUGUUUGGAUAAGGACAGUUUAUUAUUAUCCAAGAAAGUAAACGACCACUAUCUGCAGUGGAUAUCAUUGUUCAUAGCAUAAAGAGGAAAAAGAGCCUUACUUAUUUCUAUGGUGUCCAUAGUGUGACCCGGAAGAUAAAAGACUUUUCUCAUUACAUAACCCGGAAUCAUUCCCAGGUCUGUGAUAAACCUCAUCUUAGAUAUGACAGUCUGUCAUGUUAAACGUGUGCUCACCUCCGUAAGAUAUUCAAGGAGGUUGUUCAGUGUUUGUUCAUGUGAACAAUUGAGUGUGUGGGUAACUUCAGUGUAGGGUAAUAUUCUUGUUCAGCAUCGUUCCAGCUAGUGGAACAAACCGUUCACUGUUGGACUACUCUAUAUGUCUAUUGUAAAUUGUUCAUUAAGCUUCUAGAGCCGAGGUAUGACAGUCUGUUGCCUAUCUGUGAUAGGCUAUAUUGUGAUAGUGCCUAUCUGCGAUAGCCAAUUUAACUGGAUUCAUGGAGAAACGGUAAAUACUUCGAGGUGGUACAACGCCAGGGGGAAUGAUGUUUGACCCAAGGGAGGAGUGACUCCAAUUCCUUGGAUUAAGAGUCCUUCCCGAAUAUCAAUGCUCUCCCCUGGAAGGGUAUCCAUAGCAGUUUUGCCAAAGCUUUCCUGGCCUGUUUAAUUUUCUUUUUUUUUCAACGUGAAUGUAUGUACUUAUUGUCUACUAAAAGAAUAGUGUAGUUUCCCCUCUUUGUGUAAUACAAUUACGUACUUAUGUCUGCCUUAAUAAAUUUAUUAUCUUGCCAAGCGUGACCUGAUUAUACAACAGACAGGUCCGUAAGUCAAUAAAUGUAUUGAUCAUUCACGAGACUGAACAGAACUUGAAGCCUACCGAGUAACAGGACGUUUUCUGUUGUGGGUUUUAGUCAUAUAACGACCCACAUCUGGAGUUUCUGGUCAUCUGACCGAAGCCUUCAGCUGGCUUACUGUUCAACCAAUUUAAAAAUUAUGAUUAUGAUUGUACCCAUUAAGAGUCCUUCACUGUAUGUCAAUCAGGCUGUGCUUAUAUCCCUGAAAUAUAACACAGACCUGGUCUGUCAAAUCCACACUAGCAUAUACUGGAAGCCACCGAUAGGAAUAAGACCCAUCGUAGGAUGAACAGUCUAGUUGAUCCUACGUGGGCUGUCGACUACAAGUCGAUUAGGACAUGAUGUAUGCUAUACCCUAGGUAAUACGCAAUUUUGAAUGUAUAUACACCUCUAGGUGUAUAUACACCAGGGUAUAUACACCUCUAGGUGUAUAUACACCAGGGUAUAUACACCUCUUGGUGUAUAUACACCAGGGUAUAUACACCUCUUGGUGUAUAUACACCAGGGUAUAUACACCUCUUGGUGUAUAUACACCAGGGUAUAUACACCUCUUGGUGUAUAUACACCAGGGUAUAUACACCUCUUGGUGUAUAUACACCAGGGUAUAUACACCUCUUGGUGUAUAUACACCAGGGUAUAUACACCUCUUGGUGUAUAUACACCAGGGUAUAUACACCACUUGGUGUAUAUACACCAGGGUAUAUACACCUCUUGGUGUAUAUACACCAGGGUAUAUACACCUCUUGGUGUAUAUACACCAGGGUAUAUACACCUCUAGGUGUAAAUACACCAGGGUAUAUAAACCUCUUGGUGUAUAUACACCAGGGUAUAUACACCUCUUGGUGUAUAUACACCAGGGUAUAUACACCUCUAGGUGUAAAUACACCAGGGUAUAUAAACCUCUUGGUGUAUAUACACCAGGGUAUAUACACCUCUAGGUGUAAAUACACCAGGGUAUAUAAACCUCUUGGUGUAUAUACACCAGGGUAUAUACACCUCUUGGUGUAUAUACACCAGGGUAUAUACACCUCUUGGUGUAUAUACACCAAGGUAUAUACACCUCUUGGUGUAUAUACACCAGGGUAUAUACACCUCUUGGUGUAUAUACACCAAGGUAUAUACACCUCUUGGUGUAUAUACACCAGGGUAUAUACACCUCUUGGUGUAUAUACCCUGAUACAAGGGCAUUUACAGAAAGGUGCAAGAGGAGGCAUCUGCUUCGUGCAUUCAACAAAACUGCCAUUUCUAACAAAAGAAUAGCAACAGCACCUACGAUAGGCUUUUGUUGGAUAUCUAUAUCUUGUCAGCGUGACAGAUACCCUUCUACAGACUGACAUUUAGAAUUUUAUCUGAGGACUGACAUUUACCCUUUAUCCUAGUUUUUUUUUUUCUUUAAGCGAUUUUUCCCGUCCAACAAGAGUACAUUUUCCUUCCUUACCCUUUUGAAAACAAUUCUUUGAGCGCCCAUACAGUCUCAUACACACCUCUUGGUGUAUAUGCUGGAAUAUACCAAGCAUUGUAUAUACCAUGACGAGACUUACCCUUCCUCCCUUCCCGUCUGGCAUUAACUAACAGUUAAGUUGGUCUGUGAUUGGCUGAUGUAUUGCAUGUUGACAUUUGUUGUAGAGGUUAAGUGGAGAAGCUGGUCCAUGAUUGGUCAAUGAUUGACCAAUCAUGAUCAGUCAUUGGUAACUGUUGGGUUCAACCAGUGAUUAUGGGGAAGACAAACUACAGAAUAAACUGUUAUCGAGACGUUUCGCUCUUUGUAGGGUUUUAUCAGCUAGCCUGGGCGGGUAUACCAGUGAAUGUGAGUGAGAAUUGGAGCCGCCUAGCGUAUACGUCCUACAGUUCCUUCAUUCCUAUGCAAAGUAAAAGGACACAAGUGUAACUAAUGUGGCAUUUUAUUGUGGCAACGUUUCGCUCUCCAGGAGCUUUAUCAAGCCGUAACGGCUUGACAAAGCUCCUGGAGAGCGAAACGUUGCCGCAAUAAAAUGUCACAUUAGAUGCACUUGUAUCCUUUUACUUUACAUAUUAUCGGUAAUUCUACGAACAUUAUUACUUAUGUUAAUACAAAGAGCGAAACGUUGUUCCAGUAACAUUUUUCCAACGUGCGUAUUACGCCAUCUAGAUACAGCUGAAACUACUCUCAAGUUUAUACUUACAGAAUUCAAUUACAAAGGUGUAAUUAAGCCCAAUGUGGUCUGGUAAAGACCCACUGUGACCUCUGUAAUCCUACUAAGCACUAGUAGUCAAAGGACGAGCAUUGGAUAAGCAGUAAACUAGCCACUCAGGCUAGUUUACUGCUAGUUUACAGGCUAGUUAUGAAAACUACAGGUGAUUAAUGGGAAUUCAAGCCUAUCAACUGUGUGAGUAGUCUAGAUAAAACUGUGAAAUUACGUGUAAAUGCUGUAAGAGUCCAUCCAUUAAGAGGACGUACCUUGAUUCUGUGUUUUGGUUACCCAUCUCAUCUGAUAAAAAAAAUACUUGGAGAUGAAUGGUUCACAGAACCGACACGUUGAUAAAUUAGACACAUGUGCAACUCUUGGGUAUCUUUAUUAAGGAAACGUUUCGCCACACAGUGGCUUCAUCAGUCCAUACACAGGAGAAACUUGAAGAACAGGAGGAGAAUGAGGUAAUCAGUCCCUCGAUGGACUGACCACAUCGACUCAAGGUUGAGGGACUGAUUACCUCAUUCUCCUCCUGUUCUUCAAGUUUCUCCUGUGUAUGGACUGAUGAAGCCACUGUGUGGCGAAACGUUUCCUUAAUAAAGAUACCCAAGAGUUGCACAUGUGUCUAAUUUAUCAAAAAAAUACUUCUCAUUCCCCAGUCGAUGGAUGACCCCCUUCCCGGCACCAUGACAAGUUCGAAGACAAACCUUUGGAUUUGCCAUUUGGGCAUAUGUAGGCUCCACACUGGUGCUGUGUACUCGAAAAUACACUUGAGAUAUGCUUGGUUAAUGUAAUUUUAAGCAUAUCAACUACACGAAGGUCGUUAGAGAUGCUCGUAACCUGUCCACUACGUCAAGGAUACUGAUCUCUUGAGCAAGGACAGAGGUAAAAUAAGCGUGUAUACACUGAGAUACAGCUGUCAGUGUUGUUGAAAACAGUAUAAAAUACUUUCAAGUUGAAAAUUAAGACAUAUGCACAACAGGUAUCUUCAUUGACGAAACGUUUCGCCUACACAGUAGACUUCUUCAGUUAAAUAUAAAGGCAGAAGCAGUAACUACACCUGCUGCCUCUAACUGGAGAUGUCUACUGUGUAGGCGAAACAUUUCAUCAAUAAAGACACCCAACCGCUGUACAUGUGUGUUAAUCUUCACCUCUCGGUGUAUAUAACCGUGACAAUGUGUAUAAAACCUUAAAUGACUUUCCGAUUAUCCCAAAAAGCAGUGUAUAUACACUGACAGACAUAUACAUCUGUGUACAUAUACCCAGUACCCCUGUAUUUACAACUGUUAAUAAUGAAAUAUUUAACAAAUGCAGGAAGACAAGCCGAAUUGUAAAAGUUUUUAAUGCAUCUAUAUUUAAGGAAUAUGCUUUAAGUAGAUUUUGUUAAGUAACACCUGUAAAUUUACCCGUUCUUGCCAUACUAAUACAAAAUACUACAGAAAGCAGCCAUUAACGAACAUAUUUAAAUAAGUAACCCCCUCCCUUUUUAUAUAAACAAAGUGAUAAUUGUGUUUUUUAAAUGUAAUAUCAGAAAAAAAAGGAUCUUGUAAUUUAAAAACAAAAUUAAAUUUUUUUGUGUGUAUGUAUUUCAUAAUUUUAAGAUUUUUUUUUUAGGUAUUCAGUGAAGGGAUAACAUUUAUAAUUUUGGAAGACCAUGUGAAGUAUUUUUAUAUGUAAAUUUAAUUGUUUAAUAUAUUUAAUCUCGAAAAUACUGAUAUAUGUUGACAUAAAAUUAAUUUGAAUAAUAAGAGAAUGAAAAGUCUUCAGCAUUAAUAGAUAAAAAAUGUGUUUAUACAUUAACAUAGUUUUGUAUUGGGUCAUCAGUAUGAUUUAAGAGUCGUGUCAGGAUUUUUUUUUUUUUUUUUUAAGAUCGACACCAUGCCCAGCCCUUCUAGGGUAGGGUAGGUGCCUGAGCCCGAGCCUUUAGCUCAUAAGACUGUCAUUCCCAUUAGCCCCCUUGGGGCGGGGAUGGCAGACCAGAGAGGCCUAGCUUGUGGCUAGGCCUGGGGACAGUUGGUCCCAAAGAUGAGGAGGUACUUGUGCCUCCUCCCAUGGGAGACUUAGGUCUCAGAUACUCCCUAAAGAGGGAGCCAAGGCCGGGCCACCACUUGGAAAAGGCCCGGGCCGGGAGAAUACCGGCUAAUAUUUAAUAAUAAUAAUAAUCAUUUUUUUGAAGAGAAUAUAAACGUAAUCAUGUCUCGUAUUUAGGUGAUAAACAGUGCUUUAGCUGACAAUAAUUGUGCCAAAAGGUGUAUGUAUAUAUAUAUAUAUACUGAUAUUGUACAGAACGUUGUUAGCAUACCAUUUUUUUAUAUCAAUAAAUCCACUUUAUAUAGUU